CGGGUGCUGGGAGAGUGGCUCUUACCAGUCUUAUUCUUCAGAGAGAUCGCCAGCAUCCACACCUUGUCUGCAGCUGCUGCAUCCACACCUUGUCUGCAGCUGCUGCAUCCACACCUUGUUUGCAGCUGCUGCAUCCACACCUUGUCUGCAACUGCUGCAUCCACACUUUGCCUAUAGCUGCUGCAUUCACACCUUGUCUGCAGCUGCACCUUCUGCAGCGGACAAUACCCUGCAGCUUCUUUCCUUCAAACUUAUAAUCCGGCCAUUAACUUAAAUUGAACCCAUGAGAAACAAUCAUAAUUUCUGGAGUUUAUCUGAUAUUUUGUAUAUUCUCUCAGAAUGUUACGACGACGAUUUAAACUUUAAAAGAGAUUCAUGCUACUGCAGUGUGUCGAGAAAGAAAAGUUUAAUAUAAUCUAUUCUUUAAUUUUCUUAAAAAAAAAAAUUAUAUUCGGAACUAUCACGUGACUAGCGCUUAUUUCAGCACACUCGGCGAUCAAAUCCAUCAAAGAAGCGGCUCGAUUAAGUCCAUUGAGUUAUCGGUUUCAUUUCUUAGAUUGCGAGUUAUAUUUUUUCUAGUUAUAUAGAAUAUUUCUCAAUCUUGUGAAAAAAAAAAUAAUAAGAGAAACCUGUAAAGAAAUACAGUUUCUGCUGAACGAGAGUCAAGGUCCUGCAUCCUCCCUGGUGACAACAACACUGAAUACAAACUUGUUAAACUUAAAUGCUUAACGAGUCGGAUAAGACUCCCAUGAAGCAGCAGACUACCAGCUACAAGCACCUCUGAUAAUCUCCGCUGAGAAAUAAACCCUACAUCGGCCUUUCUAUUGCUUUCAUCAGUAUUUACCAGUCAUGAAUACUCGGGCAUCGGUACUUGCAACUCUCAACUGCUACCUGAUGAUGCUGUUGUGGACAGUUACUGAGGGAAGCAGAUUUUCUACAGCUACACAAGAAGUGCUCAAUAGGAGCCAUCAAUCUGCUGGGGAUUUAAGAAGGAAUGACAGUCAUUCAUGGUUCCAGGGCAGGUACAAUCAGGAGUACCCGCAUGACAGCCUUCACGAGCUCAUGAAGGCGGGGACAAGGAAACGGUACAUCCUGAGCGACUAUCAAGACUUCAGUUUAUCCGAAGCGCAACAUACGUUGUAUAAAGAAUAUGAUAAUAGAGUUUCACAUCCUGGGGCGACAGUACUGCUCCCCAGGUCCCGUGAGGAGAGGGAAGAAGACUUAACCAGGCGUAAUAGAGGAGGUGGCAAGCAAAACAAAUCGGAUGCUAUCCAGGUAGAUGGUGAAGCAGUGCUGAUAACUCCAUCUGCUGUCGUUGACAUCGGAGCACCAGAUACCGCCACUGAAGAAGCAGAAGAUAACACAGUCACAGAAGACGUAAACCUUCAAAUAAGACAAAUCUUCAACGCUGAGGACCUGCAGAAGGCAGGCCGACCUCUGUGCAGGUCCAGGGAGAACUACUUGCCUCCGGAGUUCUUCUCGGCCGACUCGUGUGCCCUGUGUUAUGGUUAUCUGCAAAAUAAGGAUUUCUUUCAUACCAAGUGGCUUGCCACGGACCUUCUCAAGACGAUGACGGAGGGAGGCAGAUCCUACGUCUAUAGUGUCACCGUCUUGUUCAACCCGAAGAACAUCUCUCAGGUGGAGGAGGCGGUGGCCACGUCGGAGGUGCUACUGGAGACUUUCAGUGGGGAGGUUGGGAGAGCCAAGUGGCGGAGCUGCUGUCACGCUGCUGUGCAGUGCUGUGAAAACAUGCUCACCGCUUCAUGGCCGUCCAGUAGCUGUCCGAACACCUGGGAUGGAUGGCAGUGCUGGCCAGCUACUCUCCCAAACACGGAGAUCAAUAAACCUUGUCCUUCCUACAUCUACCAUGGCAAGGGACCUUCCUGUGCCAAGGAAGCAAGCAAGAGGUGCGAGGAAGACGGCCAGUGGUUUCGCCGGGAAGGAAGACACGAGUGGAGCAACUACUCUUCUUGUAGCGUCGAGGAGAACAUUCACCGUCGUCUACAUGUGCAUAUUGCUGCUUACAGCAUCUCCGUCGCUGCCUUAUUCCCUGCCUUAUGCAUUUUCUUCUCUUACAAACAGCUUCGUGUUCACCGCAUUACUCUACACAAACACCUUUUCUUAAGUCUUCUCCUCGAGGCUCUCGGCGUCAUCAUCUUCAGGUUACUACAGCUGUAUAAGAACGACCUCAUCCAGCAGAACCCAGCCUGGUGCGUGACGCUCAACUUGCUAACUAAGUACACAAGUGUGACCAACUACAUGUGGUACCUGUGUGAAGGUUUCUACCUGCAUAAGCUCCUCGUCUCCGCCUUCGCCGAGCAGAACAACCUGACUAUCUUCUACCUUAUAGGCUGGGGUAAGUCUGCUACCGGCUGUUGCUCUAUGAUAAACAUCAUCUUCGUGGUGAACAUCAUUCGUAUCCUAGUAAGCAAAGUCAGAGCCACCACAGCUAAUGAGCCCAGCCAGUACAGGAAGGCAGUGCGAGCAACGAUGAUGGUAGUACCGCUGUUCGGGCUGCAAUACAUCGUUACUAUCUACCGUCACCAAGUGCUGGGAUGCGACUGGCAAGAUCUCUAUCAGAUCUUCAACAACAUGAUUGAGGGCAGCACUGGAGCAAUUGUGGCCAUCAUCUUCUGCUAUACCAACGGCGAGAUAGGUAUGUACAGACAAGUUAGCACAGAUAAAUACGGACAAGAUCAAGUUGGUAAGAGCACAUGCAUAAGUACAGGGAUGCAUGUGUAG